CAUCGUUUCCCCCAAUCCCUCCCAUAUCGCCUCUCGAGCGAGGAAAAGAUAAGCAAAAUGACGGCUCCAAGACUGAUCACUCGCCUCCUACGGCCUUCUGCCACCUCUAUUCCGCGCACGGCACUCGUCCGCUCUUUCGGAGCCACCUCCAUCCGUCCAGAUGACAGUAAGAACCGGGCACCGUCUACGGCCCCGGAGUACCGUCAGGAUCAGACGAAGAAGACUCCGAAUCCCUAUAUGCCUAAUACGACAUCUACAAUGACCAAUGACUUCCCGAAAGUGGGUGACAAGAACUCUCCUCCUGAACUCCUCAGUUCCGUCGACCCGAACUAUAAGCCCGCGGAUCCGUACCCGGGCAAGGUUGAGCAUUUCACGGGAGGUAGACAGCAGCCCGGUGAACAGAAGCCUGAGCUUGGGGUUGGUGAGAUGGAGGGUAUUUCGUUCAAGGUCGAGCCUCUUCGCCGGGUGGGAGAGGAUCCGGCGACUAUGAGAGCUCGGUUGUUGUAUCAAAGCCGAAAGCGAGGAAUCCUUGAAUCCGAUCUCCUCCUUUCUACAUUCGCCGAUGUCCAUCUAUCCAAGAUGAGACCGGAGCAGUUACAAGAAUAUGACCGAUUCCUCGACGAAAAUGACUGGGACAUUUACUACUGGGCCACGCAGGAUCCGCCAGAACCAGGCACUACUACGCCUGAGGAGGAUACCCUGACGGAAACCUGGAAGCAGACGGGUGCGAAGAGCGGAGAGUGGAAGCAGACUGUGGGUGCUUUCAAGGCUGCGUACCGGCCUGUUCCUUCGCGGUGGGUCGAUUCUGAGAUAUUGUCCUUGCUGAGGAAGCAUGUGCGUGAUAAUAGCGCUACUGGAUUCCAUGCUGCGAAGGACAGAAGGUCGGGUGGGGGUCUUGGGAGGAUGCCGAAUGUUCAGGUCUUCAGAUCGUGAGAUCUCCUUCUACACGAAGUCUCCAUAAAGCAUCGUUCAAAAGAGCGAUGAGCCGUUUGAUAUUUGCUUUGCUUUUGUCCUUGGACAUGUACAAUACACCUUUUCGAUCUGUUUCGUGCCCUGUAUAAGUGGGAUGUAUAUUUGAAUAGGCCUUGGAUAAGUCCUGGUUUUGGAUAUAGUAUCUGCUCUUUCAUUAAUAUGCCUGUUUGGGCGCACUGGUCAUUGUAUGGAUGUAACUAUAUGUACUUUUUAUUCUAUC